AUGUACGGAGUGGCCGCGGCACUGUUGCUGUACCUCAUCGUUGGUAAAAAUGCCGUAGCCAAGGUGAAUACUGUGGGGAGCGCUCUCCUUUUCUGCUUUCUCUUCGCCCGCACACUUCGCGGCACUCUGCAUUUUUUAUGGCAAGGCCGUGGAAGAUUGACGUUCGCUCGCGUUGUGAAUUGUGUCGCACUGCGGGCUCCUGCGGGACUUAGGGGGCAAAGUGCUGUUUACAUGAGUUUUGCAGAUUUUUUUCUUCUCCCACUUUGUAUUGCGGUCUCUGCUUUUCGCCAUGUGAAGACCCUUGCGCAUAUUACUUUCAUACUUCGCUCCCAUUGCGUGGUACUUGUCUGGCUCGCCUGGGUCUUUCUACUGGGCGGAGUGCUGCUCAACAUCCUCCAUUGGUGUGUUAUUCUUCCAAUGGGUCGUAGCGAUCCGCAUCGCUUCAUGCAUGGAAUAGGAAUUGUCCCACGUAUCCUCGCUUUUUUGGCCACGUGGAUGGGGAUUCCAACACUCUCCGUGCUAAGUGUCAUGCUUCCCUGCGAUGGAGAGGCAAUGUCUUUUGUUGUCGACGCAAGGUGUUUGUCCUCGUUCCAUCGUUGGUGCAUUGUGAUUGGGGGUCUUGUCUUUCUCCUAUACUUCUUUUCACAGGACGUUGCAUUGGGUGUGCUCGAGCAUUGCGGGGACACGGAUUCUGACGAUCGUCGUUGUGAUGGGCUGAUGUUGCAGUUCAUGAUGUUUCAUCGGUGCGCAUAUGUUUUUAUUGCUGUCUUUGCAGACAAACCGGCUUGGUACGUUCUUGCCGGGACCCUGUCUACUUUUUUACUACUACUGAUGUCAAGAACCUUUUUUGCGUCUGCAAGACUACUGAAUGAUCUGACAUGCGUGUCCUUGCUGCAGUGUCUGGUGGGAUCUUUAUGCUGCUCGCUGACCUAUGUUAUGGAUCCCAGCUCCGCCGCUUGGCUGUGGAUGUGUUUCUCGCUGUUGAGUGGGGGGCUGCUUGUUGCGUUGCUCUUUCAUCGUAAUGGAAUGCACCUCUUUGAGAGUGACAGCGAGGUGUGGAUCCUUGGCAUUUAG